UGAUUGGCUGCUGGGCGGAGGGCAAGCGCAUAAAGGAGGGGUCUGAGGAGGCGGAUUAGCGCAAUGAGCUUUGGUUGUUUAGUGCGGAGGACGUUGCUGUGUGGGGUGUUGUCGGCGCGAGGCCUGUCGCGGACCAUGUGUGCCCAAGAGGUUGACUGGGAAUCUGCCAAGUCCAUCUAUGACUUCCAUGCCACAGAUAUUGAUGGCCAUGAUGUUUCGCUGGAAAAAUACAGGGGUCACGUCUGCAUCAUCACCAACGUCGCCUCCAAAUGAGGCAAGACCGGCGUAAACUACACUCAGUUUGUCGACUUGUACGGUAGAUACGCUGAGAAGGGUUUACGCAUCCUGGCCUUUCCUUGCAACCAGUUCGGCAAGCAGGAGCCGGGCAACAGUGAGGAGAUCAAAAGCUUUGCUGCAGGCUACGGGGUGAAGUUUGACCUGUUCAGCAAAAUCAACGUGAAUGGUGAAGACGCCCACCCUCUCUGGAAGUGGAUGAAGAACCAGCCCAAGGGCAGAGGCACCUUGGGGAACGCCAUUAAAUGGAACUUCAGCAAGUUCCUCAUCAACAAGGAAGGCCAGGUGGUCAAGAGGUACAGUCCGAUGGACGACCCUUUUGUAGUCGAGAAGGAUCUACCCGCUUACCUGUAGACUGGCCUCCUUCACCCUGAGCUGCACAGUGCCCAUGAUCUGCUCCGCCCUCCUUCCCCGUGGAGUCUGCUUCUUCUGCCUUAUGAUGGCCUGCCUUCAAACCAAGCCUUUUGGUGAGGCAGGCCUGAAAAUUCAGCACAUGCCUGCAGAAGAAACAGGCCCCGUGAGGCACGUGGGGGGUGGGGUAACUGUUGUAGACUGUCUGGCCCAAAUUCCUCUGCUGUAGCAAUAAAAACUUUGUUCUCAACCAA